GUCAGUCCCUAUGGCAACAGUACCCAGCCGCUACGAUGACGUCACUUCUGUUUUCCAUUGUCCACGCUUGCUGCCGAGGGAGACCUAUCUUCGUUUAAUGUAGAAAUACGAAAAAACAGUCCAAAUGGACCGUGGUUUAAAGCGCCGUCAGGUGAAACCGUUGGCUGCUUCUCUUCUCGAUGCCUUGGAUUAUAACAGCUCAGAUGACAGUGACUUUGAAGUUGGAGAUGCCUCAGGAUCGGAUGGAACAGGCAACGGCAGUGAUGAGGAUGGUUCGAAACCAAGUGCUGCAGGUUCGGAAAGUGAAUCGGACAAUGUUGGGUCUGUAGAUAACGGUACAGAUGAAGAAGGGCCCAAAGAUCUGACCGCUGAGGACAACCUGGCUGAAGAUGAAGAGAAGUCAAAACAGCAAAGCUCCUCAGAUGCCUCGGCGAAAGACACCCCCGCUGUCAGCCCACCCAAAAGCAGACGAAAGAGCAAGAAGGUUUUGGAGCUUGAGUCCAGCGCAGAGGGUGGUAGUGCCUCGACUUUGACGUCUGGGCCCGGAAGCGAUAAUGCUGAUGAAACUGAGCCCAAAAAAUGGAACUUUCGCCGGAACCGUCCUCAGCUUGACUUUACAACCAUAGAAGAGCUGAAUGAAAUGGAUGACUAUGACAGCGAGGACGACAACGACUGGAGACCUGCAGCAGGGAAGAAGAAAAGCAAGGCUGCCACCCAGAAAGGCGGCACAGAGAAUGAUGGCGCCACUGCAGAUGACAAUGACGGUGAUGACGACGACGACAAGGACGAUAAUGAUGAUGACGACGACGAUGAUGACGACGAGGAUGAGGACGAUCAGGAAGAUGAUGACGAAAACAACAGUAGUAGUGAGAGUGACAAGGAGGCGAAGAAACCCCAAAAAAAGGCUAAGAGUACCAAUGCUUUUGACGACGAAUUAACAAAUGACAGCAUGUGCCAAGGAAAAGGAAAUGAGCAGGAUGCUUUGUUAGAUCGGUCCCAAACCUGGAGCGCUCAGCACAUCCUCAUCUGUUCAGUUUGCCUGGGAGACAACAGCGAAGAUGCAGAUGAGAUCAUUCAAUGUGACAAUUGUGGUGUUACUGUGCACGAAGGGUGUUAUGGCGUUGAUGGGGAGAGUGACUCCAUAAUGAGCUCAGCAUCAGAGAACUCAACAGAACCUUGGUUUUGUGACGCCUGUAAGAAUGGAGUGAUGCCAAGCUGCGAGCUUUGCCCCAACCAGGAUGGUAUCUUCAAAGAGACAGAUGCCGGGAGAUGGGUGCAUGUGGUAUGCGCACUAUACGUUCCCGGGGUUGCGUUUGGAGACAUCGAUAAACUACGACCAGUGACUCUCACAGAGAUGAAUUAUUCAAAAUAUGGAGCCAAGGAAUGCAGUUUCUGCGAAGAUAACCGCUUUGCCAGGACUGGUGUGUGCAUCAGCUGUGAUGCAGGAAUGUGUCGGUCCUACUUCCAUGUUACGUGUGCACAGAAAGAGGGGCUCCUGUCAGAAGCUGCUGCAGAAGAGGAUAUUGCCGAUCCAUUUUUUGCCUACUGCAAGCAGCAUGCAGAUCGCUUUGAUAGGAAGUGGAAAAGAAAAAACUACUUGGCCUUGCAGUCUUACUGUAAGGUGUCUCUGCUUGAGAGAGAGAAACAGCUCACUCCUGAAGCUCAGGCCCGAAUCACAACCCGCCUGCAACAAUACCGCACAAAAGCAGAGUUGUCCAGGAACACCCGACCUCAAGCGUGGGUGCCAAGGGAGAAGCUGCCGCGACCUCUGACCUCUAGUGCCUCAGCCAUCAGAAAGUUAAUGAGAAAGGCAGAGCUAAUGGGGAUCAGCACAGACAUUUUCCCGGUGGACACAUCUGACACCAAUGCGAGCAUGGAUGGUCGGCGGAAACACAAGCAGCCCGCGCUCACCGCGGACUUUGUCAAUUACUACUUAGAGCGUAAUAUGCGAAUGAUCCAGAUCCAGGACAACAUCUCUGAACAGAAGAGCUUAAAAGACAAGCUGGAGAAUGAGCAAGACAAACUGCACGUGGAGUACAACAAGCUUUGCGAAUCUCUAGAGGAGCUUCUAAAUGUCAAUGGAGAUCUACGAAGUGAAGGCCAUGCUAUGUGGACUCUACUUGGGGACAUCCUUGGCCAGAAACUAAACACUCCAGCUGUUCUAAAAGCCCCCAAAGAGAGGAAGUCGAGCAAAAAAGAGGGGGAAACUCAAGGGAAGCCAUCCAGCCUGCCAGCAAUUCUCUACAGCUGCGGCAUCUGUAAGAAGAACCAAGACCAACAUUUGCUCGUGCUGUGUGACACCUGCAAACUCUACUAUCAUUUGGGUUGUCUGGAACCACCACUGGCACGCAUGCCCAAGAAGACCAAGAACAGCUACUGGCAAUGCUCAGAGUGUGACCAGGCGAGCAGCGAUGAAGCUGACAUUGCUAUGGAGACACUACCUGACGGUACCAAGCGGUCCAGGAGGCAGAUCAAAGGACCGAUCAAGUUCAUCCCGCAAGAGAUGUCGCCAGAGCCCAAAAAACCUCAAGUUAGAGGCACGAGAACCAGAGGGCAGAAGAGAAAGAAUAUCCCUUUCUGUGAUGACAGAGAAGACAAGAUUGAGGAUUCACUCCCAAGGGAGCGCAGACAGCGGCAGUCUGCCAUGCUGAAAAAAAACAAAGCAGACGACACGAGGACCGAGUGUACAACCUGUAAAGGACCGGGUGACAAUGAAAAUCUUGUGAGGUUGUGAGAGCCGGGGCAGCCACCUCACCUGGCAUUAAAACUUGGGACCGAUGACCGUUGGCUUAGCGAAAAGCAAAGGCAAAAUUGAGGCAUUUGAAGACUGACGGUUGAUACAGGCUGAAGAACAAGAGAGAGAGAGGGAGAACAAGACCGGCCCCAAGACCGGCCACAAUGACCUCUGAUCCAAAAUGGACGAACAGCUUAUCCGACGGAAACUGACAGAAUCUGACAUACAGAAUUGCUCUGAGAUGAACUCUCGGAUCCUGACAUUAAACUGCUCAACUGCUGCUACAAUGAACUAGGAUGAGACACUAUGAUCUUUUUUCUUUUUUUACACUCUAGUAUCAUAUAGUAAUUAGUCUUUUUCAAUUUUGAUUUCUUUAGUUACAUUUAGCAAAACUAAUUAUGUGAUGUAUUUUCUGACGUGGGGAUGCCGUUUCAAGACAUCAGUAAGUUAUCGACAUCAGUCUGAUAUUGGAAAAGGAGCAUUUAAUUGAUGAAAUGUGUCUUUUAUAUUUUCUGUUUCACUACUGAUGACAGUUAUGUAUAAAAAAAAUACAUACACACACACACACACACACACAAUCCUGUAUUCAAUUGUACCGUAUUUUCCGGACUGUAAGGUGUUUGGGAGUAUAAGGUGCACCUUCAACGAAUAGCCUCUUUUAAAACUGUUUUCAUAUAUAGGGUGCAUUGCAUUAUAAGGCACAGAAUCGAGGCUAAAAUAGUGGCUGCGGUUGCGCAAUGCAUCCUCUAGAUGGAGCUACAUUAAAGGGAACACAAUACAGUACAGGUUUAUUUUUAUUUAUUUUGCUUUCACAACCGCUGCAGCUGUAACAAAGCACUUUACUGAAAAUUUAAAACACUACGUCCAAGAAAUCAAAAUAUUGAUUCAUAUAUAAGGUGCAUCGGAUUAUAAGGCACACUAUAGGCUUUUGAGAAAAUUGAAUGCUUUAUAGUGCGUAAAAUACGGUAAUUGACAUAAGGAUUAAUCCAUCCAUUCAGUGCUGAAGAAGGCACUUUUUUCCUUCUGAAAAGGCAGUAAAGUCCAUUUCUCAUGUUCGUUUUGCUGGAGGUUAGUUGCGCCAGCACAGUGAAGCGAUGGUUAGAACAUGUGGUUGUUGGUCUUGAUAAUCGAGAGGAGGCUGUUGCGAACCAGAAAAUAAAUAGCUGUCAAACAGAGAACAGGCGCUGCAACAGUAUGUUUGUUUUCAUUAUUUCUCAUUCUGAAUUUUCCAAAGCUACAAGGACGCGGCAAUGACGAAUUGGAGCGACCAACAAGUAACUAGCAGUGGUUUAUGUACUUUUUGGCAUACUUGUAAAGCCAGUUCACCAGGUACUGUAAAUAGUAGAUCCCAUGCAAUGGAAAGGUUAACAACAAAGUACCCCCCGCACAUCUUUCCAAGUAUUUAAGCUGUAUUUUGACAAAUGCAAAAUUAACUUCAAACAACCUUGUGUUGUGCGUGCGUGUGCAUACUUUUUUUUAAAGUGAAAGGCCAGAGAUGGUUGAGAGAAGCUUGUCAUGUACAGUAUCAAAAAGCACUUGUUUGUGACGUAGCAUAACGGUACAUUAGAGAUUUUGUAAUAGACACGUUAGAAUAGUGAGUAGUAAUUGCAUCACGUGAAUACAAAUGGUAUUGUCUUGAAAGAAUUUGCAAGUCUUCCUCAUUCAUCAUAUCCAGAAGUUGACAGUUGACUGCCAUUUCUUCAGAAGGAAGCUCAGCUUUGUCUCCGUGUCCCUAGUGGUCCUCAGUCAGGACUGUCAGGCCCGCUGCUUUUUCCUCUGCCGGGGCACGUGACAAGUGUCACGUUUUGCCCCCAAAUGUCACUUUGUGGAGAAUGCAGGCUCCUCUAUAGACCAGGAAUGCCCAUGGUGUUUACCACUUUUGCGAACAAGGAGUCGCGUUGGUCAUUGUAGAUAUAAGCGUGAUUAUGCUGAAUCCUAAUUAGUCCUUUCUCAUAUAUUGCCUAAAAGCUGCUUUCCAUGCAUGGCUACAUCAAUUACCCACCCUACUUGAUUUUUUAACCGAGCGUACAGUGGUACCUUGACUUGAGAAGUCUCUUCAUACAAAAUGUUCAAGUUCUGAAACACCUCAACAGGAAAAUAUUGCCUCUUGUUACGAAAGAAAUUUCAAGAUACGAAAGCUAAAAAUACAGUAUGGGCUGAUAGUUGCAGCUCUGAGUUUCCUGAACGCAGCAUACUUUUAGCUGCUCUGCCAUUGGCUAUUACCGAGCAGCAUCCUGGCAUCCCAUUGGCUAAGAGGGACUUCAACUGUACGUGUCUACGUGCGUAGAUAGAUAUGUGUCUAUGAGGUGUUCCGAUGUAAAUGCGAAUCACCUAGAAAAGGUGUUCACCAGUCAGGCUGUCACUCACUAUGCAUUUUCGAAGGAUUGUUAAAAGCCGACAAAAGCAAAUGUCCUUGGAACAGUUCUUGACAAAACGCCAGGCAAAAACCACUUCUGAGAGAGAACAUGAACUAAAGAGGGCAAAAAAUGAUGAGGACGCAGUUUAAAGUUAAAUGACUAGUAUUUUUAUUCUCUCUAUUAGUAAUUUUUUAUAUUAUGCACAACUCUCAUUUAUUGUGCAAUAAUCUAAUUGUAACAUGUUUGUUACAUAUUUUGAUGUAUUUUUAUCCUCUUGAAAACAUUUAUGUCUGAAUUAUGGGGGGGCUUGGAACGAAUUAGGGCAUUUACAUAGAAAACGCGUUUCUACUUAAAAAUGUUUCUAGUUAAGAAAUUUCUUCCAGAACCAAUUCAUUUCAUAAGUCGAGGUACCACUGUAAUUACAAUACUGUAGAAUUGGACAGAAGCGUAGCUCGCUCUCGUGUGAUACUUGUAUUUAGUAUGUGUACAUGUAUACUUGAUUAAAACCGAUAUUUGCUACUCACUUGUUUACAUUAAUUACCGCCCGUCUGUGUGAAUGCUUGUGUGUGUGAGGUGUCUCAGCCAGUGGCUUCGAGCUCUUGAAAAUGAAGUGGGGCUUUAAUAAACUCUUGACUUUUCAUCUUAUUGCCGCAAUGAUAAAUGAGUGUCAGCCAGCUAAUUAAUUGCUUCUAACGUGCGGCAGCAGCGAUCCGUUUGUGCGUGUAAUGCCCUCUGUCGUCUGCGAUUUAUCACCUGGGAACUGACAUUGUAGGUGGGGACCGGUUCAGACAAGCUGUUACCCCGGCUGGUACACACCGCAACUGAAAUGGAUCUGCUGGAUGUUGUAUCUUUGAUUACUGUGUGUGUGUGUGUGUGUGUGUGUGUGUGUGUGUGUGUGUGUGUGUGUGUGUGUGUGUGUGUGUGUGUGUGUGUGUGUGUGUGUGUGUGUGUGUGUGUGUGUGUGUGUGUGUGUGUGUGUGUGUGUGUGUGUGUGUG